UGUGUUGUUUUACCGUGGAAGUGUGUUUUAAACUUGGUGAAGGUGUCCCAGGAGUUUUUACCAGCUACCCGGAUAUUUUUCAGACUCCCGUCAAUUUUUUCCAGAGGAAUUCGAAAAAUAAAUACCUUAGUGGACGAGAGUAACAGCAGGACCCUGGUGUGCUCAGGAUGCUGAGCAUCAGCCCAAACAGAAGCAACUUACGUGACGCGAGGACUGUCUGGCGGAGGUUGAUCGCCAGCUGAGGAUGUCAGAGCAAAACGGGCCCACGGAGGGCCCGGGCUGGUGGCCACCUGCCCAGUCCUGGAAGUCCAGCUCGGGGACCACCGCCUCCUCGCGAACCAUCGACGCGGGGAAAAAUGUCUCUGUUACGACUAUCAAUGUUCCACCUGUUCAAGAGAUGCAUGAUGGCAAAAGCGUAAAAUACCUAACCGGGCAGAACGGCGUGACAGUGUCAGUAGUAUCUUCCUGCAGCAGCUCGAGCCCCCUGGAGGCCCCGAUCGACGACGGGGACAGUGACGGGGAGGUCAGCAAGAUCGACUUCCGCGGUGUGAAUCUUCGGACGAAAAAAAAGCGCGAUGAGUCAGAGUGUCCGAGCGUGGAGUCCCACCAGCAGCCGGAGCGACCGAUGUCCUGGGAGGGCGAGCUCUCCGACCAAGAAAUGUCUUCCAAUACCCUGACGAACCCCGAGGAGACCUCCAUGGAAGGAGUCCAGGUCUGCGGCGCUAGUCCAGGUCCUCAGGAGCAAAAGUUCCCCAUAAAGCCUGAGCCAGACUUCAGGUCCAGCCCCGGCCUGAUCGGGCACGUCGACGCAGCCAUGCCUUUGCACGGCCAGCACCACCAUCAUCAGCAGCAGCAUCCCCAGUUGGAGCAAGCUCAGCAAAGCGACUUACCUCUUCUAGUGGGGAAACUCCUCGGCGGAUACUCCUCCACGCCCAAUCACAGUCCAGUUUUGAACCCGCGACACCACCUCACCAAGCACAGUCACACCAGGUCCCAAGUUCCGUCCCCAGACUCUGCUAUUCAUUCUGCCUACAGCGUCUUCAGCUCUCCGACUCAGAGUCCUCAUGCAGCAAGACACUCGGCCCUUGGAGCAGGCAGUCCAGUUCCUUCUUCCUCGUUGUCGCUGUCCAGACACAGCUUCAACAAUUCUACGUCUUCGCUGUCGUUGUCUUUGUCACACUCGCUGUCCAGGAACAACUCCGACGCUUCCAGUAGCUGCUACAGUUAUGGGUCCCUGAGUCCUCCCACGCAUUCUCCUGUUCAGCAGCCAAGACACCACCACCACCAGCAUCAACAUCAACAUCAUCAUCAUCACCAGGUACCUCAAGGAAGUCCGCUGCACCUAGCCUCAAGCGCCCACCACUCAAACUAUUCCAACAUCUCAGAGUUAGGUUCAGAAACCCACUCAGAAGUCGAGCAGGAAGACUGCAAAAUCCCUUCAGCACCCGCAGGAAUCUCCACAAGACAACAAUUAAUCAACAGUCCAUGCCCGAUUUGCGGAGACAAGAUCAGCGGGUUUCACUACGGGAUAUUUUCCUGCGAGUCUUGCAAAGGAUUCUUCAAGCGGACCGUGCAAAACAGGAAGAACUACGUAUGCCUCAGAGGCGCAGGUUGUCCUGUAACAGUUGCAACCAGGAAGAAGUGUCCAGCUUGCAGGUUCGACAAGUGUCUGAACAUGGGGAUGAAGUUGGAAGCGAUUCGAGAGGACAGAACUCGCGGUGGCAGAAGCACUUACCAGUGUACGUACACUUUACCGGCUAAUUUAAUCGGCGCAGUUCCUGGUGACAAGAUAACUGGGGGGAGUUGCGGGAGUCCGGCGCCUCCUGAGCACCAUCAUUCCACUCGGCACCACUGGAACCACUCCCACAAGAUCCAGGUGGUGCCUCAGCUGCUCCAGGACAUAAUGGACGUCGAGCAUCUCUGGCACUACAACGACAACGACAGAGUUAGCCAGGCUGCCAACGGAGCUAAUCCUGACUCGUGCGGUAUCGACACUUCUAAUGCCAAUAAUUCUAAUUCUAAUAACAGUAAUAGUAAUAAUAAUAAUAGUAAUAGUAAUACUAGUAAUAAUAGUAAUAAUAACAACAAUAAUAGCAGUAAUAAUAACAAUAAUAAUAGUAAUAAUAGUGAUAACGUAGAACCGAGACGAGAAUCGAGAGCAAGCUCCGUAGGACCGACGAAUCACGAGCAGCUGAGCUCGUCGAGCAACGAAAAUUCAUCACCGAAUGGCGGUACAGGGAGCCAGCACCCGGACCCUCUGUCGAACCUGUGCAAUAUAGCGGACCAUCGACUGUAUAAAAUAGUUAAAUGGUGCAAAAGUCUUCCGUUGUUUAAGAAUAUUUCAAUCGACGACCAGAUUUGCCUGCUGAUAAAUUCCUGGUGCGAGCUGCUGCUCUUCUCAUGCUGCUUUAGAAGCAUGGGCACCCCGGGGGAGAUCCGGGUGUCGCUCGGGAAGUCGAUCACCCUGGAGCAAGCUCGGCAAUUGGGGUUGGCGACCUGCAUCGAGCGAAUGCUGGCAUUCACCAACAAUCUCAGGAGAUUGCGUGUCGAUCAGUACGAGUACGUCGCGAUGAAGGUGAUUGUCCUGCUUACGUCAGACACCAGCGAGCUCAAAGAGCCGGAAAAGGUGAGAGCGUCCCAAGAAAAGGCGCUACAAGCCCUUCAGCAGUAUACUAUUGCAAGGUAUCCCGAGAUGCCGGCUAAGUUUGGGGAGUUGUUGCUGAGGAUACCGGAUCUCCAGAGGACCUGCCAGGUUGGCAAGGAACUGCUUAGUCAGAAACGCGCUGAGGGAGAGGGCAGCUCAUUUAAUUUACUUAUGGAACUGCUACGUGGCGAUCAUUGAUGGUUUUUUUCUUCUGGGGUCCAAGACUCCGGUAAUCAGGUUGAAAGUUUAUAGAUUGUAUAACUGAUUAGGAACAAAAGUUUUAUUAUUAUUAUUUUUAUUAUAUUAUUUAUGAUUAUUAUUAAAAUUAAGAUCCGUACUAGAUUGUUUUAGCUCGUGGUGAGGGGACUACUUUUUUAUAUAAAUUACUUUACGCUGAUAGAUCACUACGAUAAUAUAUAUAUAUAUAAUUAUAUAAAUGAGGUAUUUUGUGGUAAUUAGAUGAAUUAAAAUUUUAUUUUUGUUAUCUACACGGAAAAAGAACAAGAUGAUACUGGAUAUCGUCCCAGAUUAUACU